AUGCGUAUCAAGAAGCUUUUGAAGAUCAGAAACAAACUUUGUCAUUUAAAUGACCCAACGUUAGAAAAAAUAAAAUUCAAAGAUUAUACUUAUCAUUUGAAUGUCAGCUUUGAAAACUGUCUAGAUGAGAUCAAUGAUGAAAAGUUUACAGAGGAAAUGAAAGCACUUGUUCAGACAUUAGCCACUGGUCCUUUGUCAAUAGAUGAUACGCUUAAAGCAAUUCAUAAGCUUUACCACUCAGAAUUGACACAGAAAGAAGUCUUGGAAAAAAUUGGGAAUGGCCAAGACUUGACAAAUGGAAAGCUUGACACACUUAUUGAAAAGGUUGAAAGACUUGAAACUCGUUGGCCAUCUGGAGCUUCUGUAGACAUUCCGGGUAUUGGAAUGGUGAUAGAGGUUGAAAAUUGCAGUGAAGAAAAAAAGAAAGAAAUUUUGGAUACUUUAGAGAAAAACUUCAACGAGGCUAUCCUACAGAAAGUAUCAUGUCCUGAGGAAGAUCUACCAAAUGGUGGUCUGCAUACAUUAAGGGAAUCAGUUACACGAGUGUUUCUAGAUUUUUUAAUUAAGGGAAGACAUAUAACAUUUGUGAAGCAAAAGUGUCUGUUGCUUACAAUAAAAUGUACAUCAGUAAAAAGUUUUCUCAAAAUGAUCCGCGAUUACAGAACUGGAGAUCUAUCAUUACAACUCUCAGGCAUUGAAACAGCUAUAAAGAAUUUGCAAGGUUGUGGAAAUGUACAACUUGUCAAUCUAAUCUUCAAAGAGGAAUUUAUGGAAGUCAUGGAUGACCUUGUUUCCAAAUUAUAUGAACGAGUUCAACAAACCGAGUACACUUCCGUACAAACACGUUGCAAUGCAGAGAAUUCCAUUCACGUUACACUUUUAAAAUGGCCUACAAUUUCUGAACGGAAAACAGUACAAAACCGUUUCAAAACUAAAAUGUUUGCUGACGGAAUGAAGCACAUUGAAGCAGAACUAAAGAGAAAGCUGAACGUAGAAAGUAUGUCAUUGACAGCCAAACUUGUCGUUACAGAUGACGCUGUAUCGAAUUUCGUACAAAACCGUUUCAAAACUAAAAUGUUUGCUGACGGAAUGAAGCACAUUGAAGCAGAACUAAAGAGAAGGCUGAACGUAGAAAGUAUGUCAUUGACAACCAAACUUGUCGUUACAGAUGACGCUGUAUCGAAAUUCGCACAACAACGUGACUCAUCAGUUGUGGACGAAAAUGCCAAAGUGGAAGAAGAAAGUCAAUCUAAACAAUCAAGAAGAAAGGCAGCACUUUGUGAAGAAGAGGAUACAUCUACUCCCAGUCUAAAGCUACAGUCUCACUUACAUCCCGGCAGAGCCCCGGUAGACGUCCGAGGUGAUCCGGGAACGACCAGGAUACGACCUGGAACAACAAGGGGUCCAACUUCAAUUCCAAGUCACGCGGGAGCGCUUAAGGAACGCAUGUUUGUUGCUGCAAUUGAUAUUGGAACAACAUAUUCUGGAUACGCAUUUCAAACUCGUGCAGACUUUAAUACUGAUCCGUUGCAGAGAAUCAUAACAAACAACUGGAAAUCCUCGGUACCUGGUCUUUUACACAAGACACCAACUUGUAUUCUGUUCGAUAAACAUCAACAGUUCCAUUCUUUUGGUAAUGACGCUGAACAAAAAUACAACGAACUUGCAGCAGAUGGUGAAGAGUGCAACUGGUACUUCUUUAAGCGAUUUAAGAUGUCAUUGUAUAAGGAAGAGGCUUUGUCGCGUGACACAGUUAUUAGAGAUGACAAGGGUAUGAACAUGCCAGCUAUGAUUGUGUUUACAGAAAGUCUCAAAUACCUCAAAGACCACUUUAUCAAAACGUUAGAAAAAUACUACAUGUAUAUGGAUAUAACACCUCAGGAUAUACACUGGGUAAUCACAGUGCCAGCAAUAUGGACAGAUUCAGCAAAACAGUUCAUGAGAGAGGCUGCAAUUAAUGCCAAUAUACAUACAGACAUGGUUUCACUGAGUCUGGAACCCGAGGCAGCUAGUCUGUUUUGCAGAUAUUUACCCGCGCAAAGAGUGACUGGUGCCAGUCAAGCAGAAAUUCGAAGUUUCAGCAUUGGAGACAAAUACAUGAUUCUUGACUGUGGUGGUGGAACUGUCGAUAUAACUGUACAUGAAAUACAGGAAGGCAGUACCUUAAGAGAGCUUGCAAAAGCCAAUGGGGGAGAAUGCGGUGGUACGAAAGUGGAUGAAAAGUUUAUUUCGUUGCUGAAUGAUUUAUUUGGACCAGAUGUUAUGGAAGUAAUUUGUCAACGCUUCAGGGAGGAUUACUUUGAUGUGAUGCAAAGCUUUGAAAUAAAGAAGAGAAGAAUUUCUCCUGACUUAUCUGGAACAGAAACUAUUAAAUUACCUGUUUCAUUUGAAGCUACAUACAAGGAACUGAACAAUAUAGACAUUGCUAACAAUCCUAGUAUUCCGCAACGUCUGAAGGGUAAAGUGAAAUUUGUAAAUGGUAAGUUACGAGUCGAUGCAGAUGUUAUGAAGGAUCUUUUUACGGAUGCUUGUGCGGAAAUUUGUCAAAAGGCAAAGGAGUUUUUCAGCUCUAUAAGGGAGCAUAGAAUCGACAAAAUCCUCAUGGUGGGAGGUUUCAGUGAAUCUGAGAUGCUUCAAGUUAAGGUAAGAGAGACUUUCCCAAGAUUAAAUUUGAUGAUACCAGAGGAAGCUGGUCUUGCUGUACUGAAGGGGGCAGUUCUGUUUGGGCAAAAUCCAAAGAUGAUUACAGCACGUGUAUGUAAAUAUACAUACGGGAUACGCGCUUUCAAGCAUUUCGAGCCCGGGCUAGAUCCACCAGAGAAGAAGGAGGUCCAUGGUGAUUUUGUCCUUUGCAAAGAUUACUUUAGUAAGCAUGCAACAAUUGGCGAGGAAUACAAGACAGAAGCAAAAGUUUACACACAAGAGUAUUACCCGUCUGAAGUCAGCGGAUCGCAGUUAGAGGUUUGGAUAUACACAUCGCCUAGAAAACACCCAUUAUAUAUAGAUGAAGAGGGAAGUAGGAAAAUAGGCGAAAUAAGAAUUCCAGUACAAAACACGAAAGGAAAAGAUAAUCCUUUUAAGGUUCAGUUUGUAUUUGGAUGCACAGAACUAACGGUUUGGGUCAAAGACACAGUGACGGGACAAGAGAAAUAUGUUGAUCUAUCGGUACUUUAAAUGUGAAGUACAUGAUAUGUGUGUCGAUACCUCUAAUCUACCGGUCUAAGCUUUAUAUUUAAACUAGUAAAGCGGACGAAUCGUUUCCCCGUCUUCUAUUUACAGGAAUAAAAAACGUCACUGAUGCUUUAUAAAUAACUCUCGGGAUGUUGUCUAGAAAAUUUAACCGUGAUAAGAUUCACUUUACCAAAAUAAAAUAACUGAAAUAUUUAGUUUGAAACAAAACAGAAUUGUUUUUUCAACAGAAAAUAAAAACUUAAGGCCUCUUUAAAUAUAAUAUUUUGGAUAUCCAUUUACAUGACUUUUAUAUUAUGGAUAUCUAUUCAUAUGUGAUAUAUUACAUUUUGUUAAUGUUUAUAUGAUUAUUAAAUGUCAUGAUCUGCGUGAAUGUUUGGCAAUAGUUCCGCAAGAAUUUCAUAAUUUUACACGUACACGUACACGUGAUUUGCUUGCUUAUUUCAUGUAAAUACGAAUAACAUUCGAUGUCAGUAUUUAGUUUGCAAUUUAGCAAAAACAUGCAUCCUUGUUUCUUAUAAGAAGGUUCUCGUAGCGUCAUUGCUUGAAACUGCAUGUUUACUUGUUCAUAUUCUUGAAUAAAUUGAUAUCCAUACCUGUACAUUAUGGAUGAAUACAUUUACUAGAACUAAAAAAUAUUCACGUGUAUUAAAUGUCAUGUUUUAUAUCGAGCAAAUGAGAUGAAUUAAUUUUUCCUUACCUUUUUUGAAGAUAAAGGAAUAUUUUAAUUUUUACCAAAGUAGAAACAAUUUUUACCAAAGUAGAAAGUAUCUUAAAAAGAAUGUAAUUAUUAUAUUUCUUCACUGCAAUUCAAGUCGCAUUAGUAUUUUAUAAUUGAUUAAAAGGCUAACAGGUGCACGAAUACGACUAAAAGCAAUAAAUUCAUUUCUAAUUUACUUUAAUUCUUUUUAUCUCAACUUUGUAAAUAUUUCAUGGGUGUACUUCUACAAACUAAUAGAAGAAUAAUGUCGAUUUCAUUUGUAUGUUAUUAUGAAAGAUCUUUAUAUUAUUGGUGUAAAAUAUUGAAUUUUAGAUAUGCCUAUGUAUAGACAUUUUGUUAUGUUCAUAUUUUCAAACAAAGAAUAAAGAAUGCGUGUUUCAACCAUAGAAUGUUUGGCAUGUAUUUUCAAGACUGGCAUGCAAUAUUGAUACCUCGUCAAACCUUUUGUAAUACAAUUAUCAUAAACAACAUUUUUGUUUUAAAGUACAAUGUAUAGUCAAAUACAAAAACAGAAAUUCAAGAUUAUAAGCACAAGCGCAAAACAUGGAAAUUAAAACUGGAAGAUUUGCAGACAUCGCAUUUGUGAAUUGUGUAAUUUGAAUGUUAUUGAAUCAGAUUACCAUUUUAUUUUCUGUUGUCCUAAGAAAAAUGAUAUCCGUAUUAAAUAACUUGUAAACAUUACUUGACCCAACGUGUAUAGAUUCAAUUAUUUUUUUCCAAAUUACUUAAUUUAAGAAAUAAUAUAUCCCAAACAGUGAUUUUAUCGCUCAAUAACAUCGCUGUUUGGAGUUCGGAUGCGAGGAAUUAUAUCACGAGGGCGUAGCCCGAGUGAUAUAAUGAUGCGCAUCCGAACGACAAACAAUGAUGUUAUCAAGCGAUAAAAUCACUGAUUUGGAUAUAUUAUUUUGAUUCUAACACGACAAUAACAAAUAAAUGUUUCGGUACUUGAUAGUUAAGCAAAAUUGCGCCUGAUUUGUUUCCGAACUUAUUUCCAGCGCGUCGGAUUUUUAGUGGUUACGUCACGUGUAUAAUGAUUACGUCACGUGUCUAAAUAUCGAACGUCAAACUGUGCAUCUGUUGCAUAAUAACACACACUUUCUGUUCUUCUAUGUUCAAUAGGGAAAAAUGCGGGUCGUGUUAGAAUUGUAGAUAAUUCUUUUUAUAGGGGUAACAAAAUAUAACCAUUUAUUGGGUGUUUUCUUCUUAAAGUAAAAAUAUGCCCAUUUAGCUGCAAUUGGCGAGUGUAAGUCAAAAUUAUGAUACCUUUUGCAAUAAUUGUUUGUUGUUUUUUUCCAGUUUUAUAUUAUGCUUAAUAA